CUUCCACUUUUCAAUUUAUCUUUAUCUUUUUUUGAAUUUUCAGUAUCAAACUCAUAUUCCUAAAAUUGCUCGAUUGAGAAAAUUAUUAAUUUAAUUGAGAUCUAUUUGCUAUCAAUUUUCUCUAGUAUAUGUAAUUCCAGGAUGCGAAUAUAAAAUAUGCAAUAGUUUAAAAUUUUGGCUGAGCGCACAUAAUUUCUGUUGGUUUGGGUUCCAAAAUGGUAUAAAUAAUUAGGUUCAGUGGUUUUAGUGUUCAUUUGAUAUAUAUUAAGUUUCUGGGUCCUGUGUCCUACACUUAAUCAAAUGAGAGAGGCCAAUUGAAUUCUCACAUGCCCAAAUGGAAUACACAAAUCAAUAGGUUUGGCAUAACAAGUUUUUCAGGAUCAGGAUUCUCUAUAGUUAACUCCUUCGUGGAGUUGUUAAAAUCCUAGCCAGUCAUGAGAUUAAAUUAAUGGUUCAGAUUUUGGGAGUCUUUUUAUUUCCUGGUCUCUUGAGAAUAUCAGUACUUCAUGGCCGAAUUUUGUAAGAGUAAUGUUAAGUUUUGGAUUAUAGGACUUUCCUAUGAUACUAAUGAAGCUGUUCUAAAGGAUGCUUUUGGACGACAUGGUGAGAUAAUUGAAGCAGUUAAAGUUAUAUGUGAUCACGUCAAUGGAAGAUCAAAAGGGUAUGGGUUUGUGCGGUUCACUUCUGAAACUACUGCCACCAUAGCUCUAAAAGAAAUGGAUGGUCAGAUGUUGGAUGGCAGAAAUAUCCGUGUCCAUUAUGCACACCGGGGGUCGCAACUUGGAUCUCAGGUACAAGCACUUUGAGGCAUGGAGGAAGGUUGGGACUCAGUUCUGCUAACAUUUUGUGGCUAUAGCCAUGAGAUUAAUUGAUGAAGCUAUAAGCUAUCUCAUCUGUUGGGUGAACUGUCAUGGUUGCAUCUCCAAGUCUUCAUGUGUUUCAGAAGUAAAUGAGAAGCUGGAUGCUGCUAAAGGUUGACUCAAUUCAGUGGACUUGCAGCUGGAUCCUAUACAUGUUACAGCCUUGGCAUAUUGUUAACUACAAACAAACAAACCUGUUUCUUAAAGAGACACUUUCAAGAGGAUGAAUUUUUUCCAUCCUUUUUGAGGAUUUUGGAAUUUGGAGUGUAAAAUCUCCCUGUGCUAACGGUUUAUCUGUUUAUGGAAGUGGUUUAUCAAUAAUUCCUAAAUUGUCCAUUUUAGCUUAAGGGUUGAGCACAUAAAGGGCUCUAAGGUUUUUGAAAGUUUAAUAUAAUAUUUUGCAUUUAGCAUGUUUUAUUCGCAACCA